AUGAUUUCUCUGUCCUACCAUCGUGCUGCACCAAAGAAGCUCGGAAGCCUUCUUUUUCAGCAUUCGCAUCAUCCUUUGACGAUGAAAAGAUUUUACCAAACGGAAUGGUUCAUUCAGCACACUCAACAAGCAGCAUCAUUUCAUUACAAACAGGAACUUGUAAAAUCAUCAUCACCACGAGGAGAGCCGCCCUCCGUAGAGGAUGAGAAUUCUAGCAAUACAAUUCCGAACCAUAAUAACAGCGGUAGCAAAUUGAAUACAAUACUAGCUCCUAGUUAUGAACCACAAAAUGUAGAAAAAGAUUGGUAUCAAUGGUGGGAAGAAAAGGGUCUCUUCAAAGGACAAGACUACUCUCAACAAUCAUCUCCGUGUUAUACCAUCUUAUUGCCACCUCCGAAUGUUACUGGUAGUUUGCAUAUAGGUCAUGCUUUGACAGCAUCCAUUCAAGAUUCGUUAUGUCGAUACAAAAAGAUGAAUGGCUUUAAUGUGCUUUGGGUGCCUGGUGUGGAUCAUGCAGGAAUUUCAACACAAGUUGCUGUAGAGAAGAAAAUUGCAAAGGAGGAAGGAAAGACUAGACACGAUUUGGGAAGAGAGGAAUUUUUGAAACGAGUAUGGCAAUGGAAAGAGGAAUAUGGAAACAGAAUUGAUCAACAAAUGAAAGCAAUGGGCUCAAUGACGGAUUGGAGCCGAAAAGUGUUCACAAUGGACACACAAUUUUCAAAUGCUGUUUUGGAAUGUUUUGUGAGAUUGGCUCGUGAUGGAUUAAUUUAUAGAGACGCAAAAUUAGUGAACUGGUGUCCCCAGCUCAAUACAGCCAUUUCAGAUAUUGAGGUAGAAUAUUUGUCGUUAAAAAAAAAGACAAAAGUGAUGGUUCCAAGUUGUGAAGAAAAAUCUUUUGACUUUGGAGUAAUGCAUACGUUUAAAUAUCCUGUAGUUUCCAAUGUUGGAAGUAAGGAUAUUAUUGGAUACAUUCAAGUGAGCACAACACGAUUGGAAACCAUGUUAGGAGAUACCGCUGUUUCCAUUCAUCCACAAGAUGAGAGAUUUACAAAAUUCCACAACCAUUUCAUUUUACAUCCAUUCAUUCCAGAGAGAACGAUUCCCAUCAUAUGUGACGAAAAAUUGGUGAACAUGGAGGUUGGAACAGGCGCCGUAAAAAUUACUCCAGCUCAUUCCUUUGACGACUUUGAUUGUGGAAAACGACACAAUUUGGAAUUUAUUACAAUUUUAAAUAAGGAUGGAACUUUAAAUGAUCAAGUUCCAAAAGAAUUUGUUGGAAAAAAUAGAUUUGUAGUACGACAAUUGCUAGUUGAGAAAUUGAAAGAAUUGGAUUUAUUCGUCUCCGAGGAAGAUCACGAAAUGGAGCUACCAAUAUGCUCCAGAUCAAAAGACAUUCUUGAACCAAUGCUUUUGAAUCAAUGGUUUGUGAAAUGUGACACAUUGGCCAAGAGAGCUUUAGAUCUCGUUAAUAAUGAUGAAAUUUUAAUUCAUCCAUCCUAUCACAAGCAAACUUGGAAUAAUUGGUUGCUAAAUAUUCAUGAUUGGUGUAUUUCAAGACAAUUGUGGUGGGGUCAUAGAAUUCCUGCUUUUAAAAUUGUCUCGCCAAAUAUGAGAGACAUUCUUGAAGCAAUCUCCUUGAAAAAUCUCAAAAACAAUAGCUCUUUUAUUUUUGAAAGCUCCACGAAAGACACAUCCUUGGUUGAAAAUGUGUGGAUUGUCGCUCAUGACGAAAAGGAAGCCACUGAAAUCCUUCACCGAUAUUUACCCAAUGCCAAUUGCACUUUGGAACAAGAUGAAGAUGUUCUUGACACUUGGUUCUCCUCUGGUCUGUAUCCUUUGGCAGCAUUUGGAUGGCCAAGUCGGAACGAACGAGUUCAGAACGAUUUGAAGUACCGCUUUCCCAGCUCAGUCAUGGAGACAGGAAGUGAUAUUUUAUUUUUCUGGGUAGCAAGAAUGGUCAUGUUGUGUUCAUACCUCUCUGAUUCCAAAGAAAAACCUUUUCAUGAAAUUUAUUUGCAUUCCAUGGUCAGAGAUAGACAAGGCAGAAAAAUGUCAAAGAGUCUUGGAAAUGUGAUUGACCCCAUUGACAUGAUUCAUGGAACCUCACUAGAUGAUUUGAGAAGAGGUAUCGAGAAAAAUACCAAUAUCACCAAGCAAGAAAUGAAGAAAGCCCUACAGGGUGUACAACAAGAGUUUCCCAACGGCAUCCCACAAUGUGGUACAGAUGCUCUUCGAUUUACUCUCAUCCAGUACACACAACAAGGCAGACAAAUUAAUCUAGACAUUAUGCGUGCUCAAGCAAAUAGGCACUUGUGCAACAAAAUUUGGCAAUCUGCAAAAUUUUGCUUUUCACACUUUGAACGAUUCAACUAUACAACCUAUGGCGACGAUGUUGACUUGCUCGAAACAUUGCUCAAAUCCUUUGAGUCAUUGGACUCACAGUCAACACAAGUCAUACAGAAUCAAUGGAUUUUGUUAAAACUUGGAGACACGAUCGAGACCAUGCGAAAAUCGAUCGAUAAUUUUUUAUUCAGUGAUGCUUGCAAUUCAAUCUACCAAUUUUUCCUUUACCACUUUUGUGAUUAUUACUUGGAAAUGAUCAAACCCAUUUUGUACAGUUCUUCCUCUACUGUGACACCUCUUAUUGAGAACACACUUCACACUCUCAAUUAUUGCCUCGUUAACAUCCUUAAAUUAUUGCACCCCUAUAUGCCUUUUAUUACAGAAGAGCUCUUCCAUUGCUGUCCUUUGAAUGGUACUAACAAUGCACUCCAUUUUUCAUCUCAACACGAGAGCUAUAUUCCUUCCAAGAGUAUUCUUGAAUGUCCCUAUCCAAUACCUUUCACAAAACAAAAUUUACAGAGUCUAAUCGGUUCAGAAAAUAGAAAGAGCAUGAUUGAGGACAAAUUGGACAAGCUCUUCCAAAUUGUUCAACAGCUCAGAUCCAUGAAACAAAAUCUUCAACUGCCCUCCAAAACGGAACUCGUUGCUUACAUUUUCAAACAUGGAUCAGCACUUGAAUUUUCCAUGGAUGAUCACGAAUCCGUGCUAGUUAAAACCCUCUGCAAAUUCAACACUGUGCAAUUCAUCUCUGAAGAACAAUCCAAACAACACUUGCAUCGCCUCGUGCUCACCACCACUGCUGUCACAACACCACAAGGUACCAUCAUGACUCAACUUGUACUACCAGAAGAAUUCCAAUUAGAAAAGGAAAUUGACAAGUGGCAAAAGAAGGUACAACAACUCGGUACUGUCAAGGCCAAAUAUCUGAAACAAAUGCAUCCCAACUUGCCAUCCGAUAUGAAGCAACAACUCGACGAAAAGCUCUCUCAGAACGAAAAUGAGACACUCAAAGUACAAGAAACUUGUUCUCAAUUGGAGCAUCUUCUUCAAUCUUUGAAGACGAAAUAA